AGAGAGUAAUGGUUCUUGAAUCUGUCUGAGGACCUGAAGGAGUAGGGUUUUAAACUGGGAUAUGGGUGGUGUGAGGUUGGCUCAGCUCGCGCUCAUUCAGGCCGAGGAACAGCGCCAGGCGGCAGCCGAGGCUGCCCGCCUACAGGCUGAGGCGGCAGCGGCAGCUGAAAGGCAGCGGCUUCAGGCCGAAGCCGAGGCACACACCAGGGCACGCCGAAAGGAAGCCCAGGAGCUGCUGCAGCGCCAUGAAGCAGCAAGCAUCGAAAGACUCAAGUACUGGCACUUUGAACCAAACGGCGACGAGCCGACACUGGAAGAGCAACACGAGGAGUUUCUCUCCAAGCUCGUGUCACGCCUGUUGUAUACUUGCAACUACCAACGGGCCGAACUAGAGAAACAGCACCAAGAGUUGGCAGACCUCCGCCGAAUAGUGCAGGGCCACGAGGAUGCAACACAGGCAAUCAAUGCCCGUGUACUGGACCUGGAACAGUUUGUACCAGGACCAGAUGCUGGUACGUCCAACAGUGAACCCUCUAGUCGCCAACUGGAGGAACGCGUUGACCACGUAGUGGCUAUGCUCGGCGACAUCAGUGCUUUCGCUGCACCUACCACCAUCAGCAGUCAGCUGCACACCUUGAAGACCGAGGUCCAGCAGCUGCACUCGACGAACUCGGAGGGCAAUCCUAAGUUGUACAAGAUGCCAACCUUCCAACUCGAGAAGUUCGACGACUACACGCAUCAGGAUCUGGUCCUCUGGUGGGAAGCAUUCACGACGCAGCUUCGGAUCCUGCCAGUCGCCAAGCACGCAUACAUCGGUGCCCUUUUCCUUAACUCAAAGGGCGCAUGCCUGACUUGGUUGACCCAUCUGGCAGCCACUCACGGCGUCGACGUGGUAGAUCUUCGAGACAAGAUCACAUGGGAGGAGUUGACACGGUUGUGGAAGAAGAGGUUCAUCGUCGACGACGCGCCGGCCCUCGCCAUCAACCGCCUCUUCACCAUGACCCAAGGCAACACGGCAACACGAGACUGGCUCACGGAAUGGCAAAAGAUCGCGACAACGCCGGAUCUGGACUUGCCAUUUACGCAUCUGCGCUGAGAGUUCUACAAUAGGUCAUGUGCUGCACUAAGCCAUGCACUUGGUGAUCGCGAGCAGUACUCAACCUUCGCUGAGAUCAUCGA